AUGACAAAGACGCAAGCUGGCACCUACCGUAUACGCCAUGAACACUGCUACAAGCACACACAGACAUGGACACAAAAGAUGCAAAUUGAAAUAUUAGUUCUGCCGUUUUUUGAAGGUGUGAAAGAGAGAUGGAGAGGAAUGAAAAAAGGUCAGCUGUGUGGUAUUGCUUGUAAACAAGUAUUAGCAAUUUUCAGUAUCGGUAAAAGAGUUAAGGGCACUCUUCUUUCCCAGCAAACAACUGCUCCAUUAAUGAAAGCUCCAAGAAAAGUGAGAUUUGCGAAGGGACCGAUAAACUUGAAUAUGCCCCAUCCAACUACAACAGUAUCACACAGCAAACUUUCUGCUAUGAAAUUUAUAUGCGAAAUGUUAAGAGAAAAAGUGGACAGAUGGGAUUUAGCAUCAGAAUCCACUCGUGAAAGCAACCAUUUUUGCCUGGGACAGUUGUUCCAAUUCAUUUGCAAAGUGCAAACUAUUGGUGCUACAACCGAUGCGAGCAGAUCAGUGGAUAUCAGUUGUUUUCUAUCAAAUGAUUAG